GCGAACGCUAGAGAGACAGUUCUGGUAACAAAAGGAAGCAAAAAGAAGACUAAAAACCUUCAACAUGGAAAUUUGCAUGCAUUUAACAUAGAUGACAAGUUAACUGGAGAAAGGGAGAAGACAAUUUCUGCCUGUGAAGAACAAUACAGAGGUUAAAUAAACAAUCCAGAGUAAGAGAAAAAAGGUUUUUAAAACACCUGGACUGAUGCAAAGGAUAGCUGUAAAGGAAAACUAAGUAAAGAUCAAAACCAGGGGGUGAAGGAGCCAGGAAGUACGACAAAGGCUGACAAAGAAAAAAGAAGGAACUGAAACUCAUCGUCAGGAUGUCGGUGUCUCGGAGGUGUUUGUGCUGUGUCAAAUAUUUAAUGUUUGUCUUUAACCUCAUCUUCUGGCUUGGAGGAUGCGGCUUGUUUGGCAUUGGAGUCUGGCUGUCCUUCACGCAGGCAGAGUUCUCCUCUCUCCCCCUCUCCUUUCCGUCCCUGUCAGCCGCCAAUCUGCUGCUAGUUGCCGGUGGCAUCACCAUGGUCACUGGCUUCCUUGGUUGUCUCGGAGCCCUUAAAGAGCAGCGCUGCCUUUUGUUUAUGUUCUUUGUGAUCCUUUUGCUCCUGGUCCUGACAGAGGUGACUCUAACGUUGGUUAUACACAUCUUCCAUGACAAGCUGGAUUCCAAAGCACAGGGUGAAUUAAAGGAUGGCAUGAAGAUUUAUCAAUCAGAACCUGGACUGAAAAAAUCCUGGGACAAUGUCCAGAAAAUGUUCAAAUGUUGUGGAGUAACUAAUAAAACAGACUGGUAUGAUGUACUGAACGGGACGCUGCCUUCAUCCUGCUGCUCUGUCGGGAUGGACCAGUGUGUGGACGGAUGGAGUGAGCCAUGUUAUCAGAAGGCCAGACAGUGGCUGCUAGAUAACAUCCCCUCAGUGCUGGUGUUUGGAGUGUGUAUUGGUGUUGUGCAGAUCUUGGCCCUGGUGUUCUCCAUGCUGAUGUAUUGUCAGAUUCUGUAUGCUGAGAAGAACUUGGACUGACUCCAGGCCAGCUGAUCACAAGCCCCCUGAUGGGAAGUCUUCUCACAAACUCCUCUGGGAUCUCACUAAACCUGCCCAACCUGACCCCAAUUUUUUAAAACCUUCAAUCCAGAUUGUGGUGCUCGGACCUUAAACGGGGUGCCUUUCCAAUGUCCACAUGACUUUGGGUUCCAAAUUCGGCUCCAGGUUCCCCAUAAAACACUAAAAAACACACAAAUAAACAACCAAUUAGAACUAUCAGUGGGUGCAAUGACACUAGCAGAUUGGACAAAGGUAGUAAACUCUUGUAAGUGUUGCUCCUGGAGAGUAAGCUGAGGAGAGUCCAAGAAAAAAUUACACACGUUUGUAUUUUAGAAUACUUUGUAUCGAGAGAUUUUAGUAUUUUCUUUACAUGUAAGAAAUAAUAGUGUGAAAUGUUUUAUAAAUUCAUAUUUCUGUGUCACCAAAUGACAACAGAUGCAUUGUAUUAAUCACUUUACUCACUGAUUGAUUCUUUACUUUAUAACCUGCUGGCUCUGUUUGUUAAUUAUUUCAAGCCUUGUAUAUUGUUCCUAUACUAUAUGAGCAUGUGGAACAUACAGUGGGAUUACAGCUGUUUUUAAUCUAUCUUUUGUAAUCAUCACAGCUCUAUUUUUUUCAAAUGUUGUGAUGCCAAUUCUCUGUCUAUCUCUAUUGUCCUUAUUUACCAUGGGUUUAUCCAAAUGUGUCUUUUUAUUGGAGCAUAUGCUGUAUAAUUUUGUGUUAUAACAAAAACAGUAAGAUUAUAUGCUAUUAGUACAUUAUUACUGAGACUGUUUAAAUCUUCUGGUAACAUCCAGUGGUGGAAGAAGUAUUCAGAUCCUUUACUUUAGUAAAAGUACUAAUACCACACUGUUAAAUUACUCCACUACAAGUAAAAGUCCUGCAUUCAAAACUUACUGAAGUAAAAGUACAAAAGUAUCAGCAUCAAAAUGUACCUGUAGUAUAAAAAGUAAAAGUCCUAAUCAAGCAGAAUGAACCCACUCAGAUUGUUUUAUAUAUUGUAAAUAUAUUAUUAGAUUAUUUGUAUGUAUGCAUUUAUGCAAGCAGCAUUUAAAUUUUGUAAAGAUAAGACAUAUUAUAACUACUUAAUAUACUGUUAUGAGGUUUAAUUUAAAAAAUGUCUAAUCACUUUAAAUUAAUCAUGUUUUCAUGUUAAAUCUCAACCUGUAAAGUAACUAGAUCUGUCAGCUAAAUAUAGUGGAGUACAAAAUACAAUAUUUGCCUCAAAAUGUAGUGAAGUAGAAGUAUGAAGUUACAUAUCGUCAUCCUGUUAAAAUAAUCGCCUAACUCAUUUUUUCAAGUUUUGCAGGAAACACAAAAAACUUCACCAAAAGUGUAACAUAUGACAUUUACUGACCAUUUCACUCAAAAAGGAUAUAACAAACGAUGGCUAUUGGUAUAUUAACAACACUGUGUGUAAAUGAUGUAACUUAAGAGAAAUACAUUACUUAGGCAAUUUUUUGAACAUGCCUUUGUGACUUAAGCAAGAUAUGGUAACACUUUAUUUUGAAGGUGCCUACAUAAGAGUCACACAAGCCUGUCAGAAACAUGACAUGACAAGAAUCAUGAGUAUUAAUGUUACUUCAAAGUUUCAUUAAUGUUCACGACACAUCCCAUGUCAUGUUUAUGACACGCUCAUGUCACUCUUAUGUAGACACCUUAGAGUAAAUUGUUACCAACAUUAGUGUCAACAAUAAAACACUGAAAAACUAAACUGAUAACUAAACAAUCUCCCUCUAGCUCUUCUUUGCUGGGUUCUUAUCAGACUAAAAAAACCCUCAUAAUAAGACUAAACAACAUUGCAAUAUUCAUAGCCUAGCCUUUAUUAAUAAGAAGUCAAUAUAUAUUAUAGCUAAAAAUGUCAUCACUUACUGUUUGGGGGCAUGCUCUGUAGCAUGGAAAUGAGUUGUGCCAAGGUAGGCUCCAUCUUGGAAAACUAAUAAAAUUGCCUAAGUCACAUUUUAUUUUGACUUAGGCAUAAUAAAUCCGCCUAAGAUACACACUUGACAUAGGCCAUUAUCUGAAAGGGGUAAAAUCACAUGAUCUGAUCAACUGAGGAUGUAGGCGAUUUUACCAUAGGUGGCCGGCGUCAUGAGGAGACGAUUUAGGCAAAAAAACAAAACAAUUUUGACAAAAAGUUACUUAGGCGAUUAUUUCAACAGUGUGACGAUAUGUGGAAAUACUCAAGAAAAGUACAAGUACCUCAAAAUUGUACUUAAGUACAGUACUUGAGUAAAUGUACUUAGUUACUUUCCACCAUUGGUAAUGUCCCUCUUAAUUCUGACAACUCAGUGUGUCUUAACUAGUGAAACCAAAGGAAGUUUUCACAGUUAGAGGAAAAAAGUUUGCCUGAAGGUAGUAUUGAAUUGGUAAAGUUAAACUGCUAUGUGCAACAUAAGUAACAGCAUACACUCAGUUAGUUAAGGGGAUAUAAUUACCACUAUGUCUUACUAACAGGUCACAGCACAUGUUGAAACAGCAGGCCUCACCUGAACCCUGGUGGGCUCCACUUGCUCCUCUCUUAAUCUAUGUCUCUAUCUCUGAAGUGUCUUAUAAUAAUCAGAGCCCAUCUACCAAAAUUAGCUUCUCUAUUCAUUUCAGGUGAUCAAUAGAGCAUGCAGUUAUUGCAGGAUUAUUAUGCAUCUUUUUUUAACUUUAACAAACUGUAGGAAAUGUUCACAACAUCCAAAAGUAAUUUCAAGAUGCUUAUAAAAAAAAAGAACUUUAAAAGUUCUUUGAAAUCACCAAUCAUACAUGUUUCGACUUUAAGGGUAUUAUAUGUGUAAAUAAAAAGAAAUAUCUGUCUGUAAA